GGCCGGGUGUAUUACUUUAACCACCUGACAAACGCCAGCCAAUGGGAGCGGCCGAGCGGGGGCGCGCGGGCGGAGCCGGGGCGCGUGCGCUGCUCGCACCUGCUGGUCAAGCACAACCAAUCGCGGCGGCCGAGCAGCUGGAGGCAGGAGCGCAUCACCCGCUCCAAGGAGGAGGCGCUGGAGCUCAUCAACGGUUACAUCCAGAAGAUCAAAUCAGGAGAGGAGGAUUUUGAAUCUUUGGCUUCGCAGUUCAGCGACUGCAGCUCAGCCAAGGCUGGGGGGGACCUGGGAGCAUUUGGGAGAGGGCAGAUGCAGAAGCCGUUCGAGGACGCCUCGUUCGCGCUGCGGGCUGGCGAGAUGAGCGGCCCCGUGUUCACGGAAUCCGGGAUCCACAUCAUCCUCCGCACGGAGUGAAGUGCCUUGGGAGGGCGGGGCCUCCCGGGAAUCCCGUGGGAACGGGCGGGAAUCCACGGGGAGCCCGUGGGGAUCCGUGGGAAUCUAUGGAGGCCCUCAGGAAUCCAUGGGGAAGCCACGGGAAUUCACGGAAAUCCUAGGGGAUCCGUGGAGGUCUGUUGGGAUCUGUAGAAAUCUGUUAACGCCGCAGGAAGCCAUGGGAAUUCUCAGGAAUCCACAGGAAGUCCACGGGAGUCCGUGGAAUCCUCAGGAAAUCCAUGGGAAUCUAUGGAGAUCCAUGGGAAUUCACAGGAAUUCAUGGAAGUCCAUGGAGAUCCAUGGGAGUCUAUGGGAAUCCUCAGGAAUUCGCGGGAACUCACGGAAAUCCUCAGGAAUUGAUGGGAAACUAUGGAAAUCCUCAGGAAUCCAUGGGAAUUCAUGGAGGUCCAUGGGAAUCCUCAGGAAUCCACAGGAAAUCCAUGGAAUCCACGGGAAUCCACGGAAAUCCAUGGGAAUCCCGCCCCGCACUCCCCACCACCAACUCCAGAUCCCACAACUCCUCCAUUAUUCCCUCCUGGGUGGGAGCAAAACCAGAGAAUUCCUGCGGUUUUUGGGAAUGUUGGGUCAGCUGGAGCCGGCUCCUGGUGGUCCCUCGGUGGUGGUGGUGAUAAUGGUAACGAUGGCGAUGGCCAGCAGUGACAGUGACAGCGAGGACAGUGACCAGAGUGACAGUGACAACAAGGACAAUGACAAUGACCAACAGUAGUGAUGGUGAUGAUGACCAUGACCAACAGUGGUGACCAUGACCAGCAACCAAUGAUGGUGACAACAACAAUGACAAUGACCAGUGGUUGUGUCAAUGGCCAUGAUAAUGGUGGUAGUGAUGACAACGACCAUGACCAAUGGUGGUGACAAUGCCCAAUGAAGGUGACAAUGACCAACGAUGGUGA